AUGCCAGGAGUUAAUGAGGCCGAGACUAUCCGCAUUCUCAUCUCAACUGAUAACCAUGUCGGUUACAAUGAAAGAGACCCCAUUCGGGGAGACGACAGCUGGAAGACCUUUCAUGAAAUUAUGUGUCUUGCCAGAGAACAAGAUGUGGACAUGGUGCUGUUGGCGGGAGACUUGUUCCAUGAGAACAAGCCAUCAAGAAAGUCCAUGUACCAAGUGAUGCGAUCAAUCCGGAUGAACUGCUUUGGAGACAAGCCCUGUGAGCUGGAGCUCCUCAGUGAUGCCAGCGAGAACUUUCAAGGUGCUUUCAACCAUGUCAAUUACGAGGAUUUGGACCUGAACAUCGCCAUUCCCAUCUUCUCCAUCCACGGCAACCACGACGACCCAUCUGGCGAGGGUCAUCUCGCAGCUCUUGACCUGCUGCAAGUAUCCGGUCUCCUCAACUACUAUGGGCGGACACCUGAAUCAGACAACAUCGAAAUUAAGCCAGUUCUCCUUCAGAAAGGACGAACUAAGCUUGCUCUCUACGGGAUGAGCAACGUUCGUGAUGAGCGCUUGUACCGAACUUUCCGAGAUGGCAAGGUCAAGUUCUUCCAGCCAUCUAUCCAAAAGGACGACUGGUUCAAUCUCAUGUCCGUGCAUCAGAAUCACCAUAAGUACACUGAGACCGGUUACCUACCAGAAAACUUCUUACCUGGAUUUAUGGACUUUAUUCUCUGGGGCCACGAGCAUGAAUGUCUUAUCAAUCCUCGACUUAAUCCAGAGAUGAACUUCCAUGUCAUGCAACCGGGGUCUUCUGUGGCCACAUCUUUAGCACUCGGAGAGGCCGUACCAAAGCAGGUCUCCAUAAUGAGCAUCACAGGUCGAGAAUUCAAGUGUGAGCCGAUUCGCUUGAAGACUGUGCGGCCUUUUGUCAUGCGAGAGAUUAUCUUAUCAGAGGAGAAAGGGGCCCAAAAGUUAGCGCGGAAAGAGAACAACCGAACCGAGGUGACUCGGCUUCUCAUGGAUAUUGUUGAAGAAUUAAUCGAAGAGGCCAAGGCAGAAUGGUUAGAGGUGAAUUCCGAAACCAGCGAAGAUGAAGAAGUUCGAGAAAUGCCCCUUCCGCUUGUCCGACUUCGUGUCGAGAUCUCUACACCCGAGGGUGGGAGCUACGAGUGUGAAAAUCCGCAAAGAUUCUCCAAUCGAUUUGUGGGGAAGGUUGCCAAUGUGAAUGAUGUGGUGCAAUUCCACCGCAAGAAGAGGGGUGCGGCCUCGCGAAAAGCCGAUGCAACUGACGAAGCAGCUGUUUCACAUCUGACAGGUCUUGAUACCGUCAAGGUAGAUCAACUAGUUAAAGAGUUCCUCGCUUCACAGUCGCUCAGUAUUCUUCCUCAGAACACAUUUGGCGAUGCCGUGGCCCAAUUUAUUGACAAGGAUGACAAGCACGCCAUGGAAAUGUUCGUGAAUGAAUCUUUAGAGAGCCAAGUCAAACACCUUAUGGCUUUGGACCGUGACGAGGAUGACAUAGACGACGAGGCGGGAGUUCAGAGUUCUUUGGUUACAGCGAUGGAAAAAUACCGCACGCAGAUGGAAGAUCUUUUCUCUAAGGGUGUCAAGAAACGCACUGCACGAGGAAAAAAGCGAUUUAAGCCAAAGCCGGAUACCUGGGAUAGCGAAUUUGACGGCUCAUGGGAGGAUCAGCCGGGUGCUCUUAUCCAUUCAGAUCAUGAAGGUGAUCCAGCUGAGGAAGAAGCGGGAGAGGAUGGCUCCGCAACAGCUCGCAGCCGUGCGCCAGCAACUUCAACGCGCGCCAGGGGACGGGGUCGUGGCCGAGGUGCGGCUACUAGUACUCGAGGCUCUAGCAAAGCUGCUGUCGCAUCCAAGGCACGUAAAGCCAAGGCCCUGUCUGAGGAAGAAUCCGCCGAUGAUGUGAUCAUGUUGGAUGAUGACGACGAUGAGCCGACCCAUGUUAUUUCGGAGGAGGAUGAUGAUGACUCCCAAGCUUUGUUUGUCAAGCAACCUCGCGCAACGACCUCAAGGGGCAGGGCACGUGGAGCUAGAGCGACUACUCGAGGCCGUGGCGGACGUGCUGCCGCCUCGCCGGCUCCGUCCUCGGCUACUAUCAGUGCAACUGCCCCCCGUCGGGGAGGUAGGUCUGCCAAGCCGACUCAACCGACCCAAACAACCCUCGAUUUCGUUGGUUCGCAGGCCAGCCUACCCCGGUCUUCUCGAUCCACUCGUACAACGCACAAGGUGACUAUCAGUGAUGAUGAUGAUGACGACUCGGACUCUGCCUUCGAGCCGGCUUGA